AGUGCGGCGGGGAUAUCGUGGCCUGGCGGAGCCCAGUCGAGUCCCGUGAGUCCGGGAAAGCACAGCUAUUAAGGUGGUACGUGGUGGUGGUGUAGGCGUCGUCCGGGACUGAGAAUUCGAGGCCGCCAUCGAGAAGCAUCUCCACACAGUGUGUCUGGUGCGUUUACGUGUGGUCGUCGGUUCCGCGUGGUACGCAUCGAAAAACCGGCUCGAUUCGUGACUGAUUUCCAUUCUACCUUGAUAACAUUGAAAGAGAGCCUUAUUCUGUUGUGCCGCGUGCUGUAAGAGUGUGUAGGUACGUACAACGAUAGGCCACGUCUUCGUUGCUGGAACUGAGCAGACAGACACCUCUCCCAUCGACACGGACCAGUUUUCUACUUCGUACCGGCCGAAAGAGGAAGAAAUCGAUGGUGGUGUCACAACAGACAACGUCCGAAUCACUUUGCUGGCCGCGUACGUAAACCCUAAACCCGUGGAAGACGCAUAUCGGAAGUAUAUAGGAGGAAUCGAACAGGCGCGCACGAUGAUUCUGCGCGUCUGAAAGUACCGUGUACGCAAGAGAGAGGGAACAAGAUAGCUAGAUGGAUAGAUAGUUAGAUACGUAGAUAGGGAUAGAUAGGACUGAUAGAACGUGUGGAAAGAGGAAUACACGACGUCGUUCGAGGGCUCGCAUACAUAUAUUUACGUUCGUCGCGUUCGGUGGUGGAUAAAGAAAAAAAAAAUAGAGUGACAACCGGUGAUCUACGAUCGAGAGUGGGGGAAACGUAUUUCGAUAGCGGGAGGAACACGAACGAUGUUAUCGUUCUUUGUCGCACGUUUCUUCGACCCCUGAUGACCAGUGCUCGCUCUCGGUGUAACCGAUUAACAGACUCCCGCGAGUGUCUAUCGAUUAAACCGUCGGGAGAACAGCGAAGGAGGAAGUAGUAAAGCCUUUGCGAAAGAAAGGAAAAAGGGUGUGGAAGAAAAAGAACGAGUGAAAAGAAGGAGAAUAGAAGAGCGAAUAAAAGAGAAGAAGAUCACGGAGAGGAUAAAGGAUUAAAAAGCAAGAGGAUAGAAAAUUGGUGACGACUGUGAGUGGUCGGGUAGUGCGUGGCAAGAGAGAGUGUGUGCUCUAAACGGAGCACGUUGCAAAGGAGUAGCAUCGAGGACGGGGGGUCCAGAGUGACAUUGGGGGGGCGUGUGAGACUGAUUUUGCCCCCCCUACCCCCUGUCUGUCGUCCGAAACUGUGACUUCAUCGUCGUUAAGUCAAUUUCUCGUUGGCGUUACAACGUUGCCGUCUAGGUCUGGGAUAGGCUCGAGGAAGACGCCUUUGCGAGGAUUCCCGGGUGCAACGAAGGAGGAAGUAGUGACAGAUCGUGUCCCGCGUAGCAGUAGAAAGUAGAGUAGUAAGAUGCUAGUCUUCCCGUGCAGCAGCGAGUCAUCGACAAGGAUGGGAUCGAUGCUGUCGCAUCAACAGCAACUUCGCCUGCUCCUGUCGAUCCUGGUGCUGUUGUCUCCCCGGCUGCCGGUCCGUUCGACGCCAGCCGACAUAGUACAAAGGUUCCACGAUCCAGAAGUGAAACGCAUGAACCAUCUGGUCGUGGACAAGAACACCGGUCGAGUUUACGUGGGCGCGGUGAAUCGGUUGUAUCAACUCUCGCCGGAUUUAAGCCUCGUCGUGAAGGAAGUUACCGGUCCAAAAGGUGACUCGACCGCUUGUUCGAUGAUCGACUGUCCCCGUGAAACGCCAACGAGGCUAGUGGACAACGUGAACAAGGCGUUGGUGAUCGACUACACGACCACCAGGUUAAUCUCGUGCGGAAGUUUGUCCCAGGGCACCUGCAGGGUACGAAACCUUCACAAUAUCUCGGACGUGGUGCAAGAAGUGAAAGAGGCCGUGGUAGCCAACAACGCUACCGCGUCCACGGUAGCGUUUAUCGCGCCCGGACCACCGAAUCCACCCGUUUCGCAAGUGAUGUACGUGGGUGUAACGUUCACCGGUAACUCGCCCUACCGAUCGGAGGUUCCCGCGGUCAGCUCCAGAUCAUUGGACAAGGAUAGAAUGCUGAACAUCGCGGAAGCUGCCGUCACCACCGGUACCAGGAUGUACGUGAACUCGUUGUCGCGCGAGAGAUAUCCUAUCAACUAUGUGUACGGGUUCAGCAGCGGUGGCUUCAGCUAUUUUAUGACCACGCAGAUGAAGAACACCGAUACCGCGGUAUUCAUAUCGAAGCUGGUUCGAGUCUGUCACGACGACGAGCAUUACUACUCGUACACCGAGAUACCGAUCAACUGCACCAACGAUGGCACGUAUUAUAAUCUGGUGCAGGCCGCGUACGUCGGCAAGGCUGGCUCGGUUCUAGCCGGAGAUUUAGGCAUCACCGCUCAGGACGACGUGUUGUUCGCGGUUUUUUCGGAGAGCAACAGCACGCACAGCGACGUACCAAAGGAGCAUUCCGCGCUCUGUGUCUACUCGUUGAAGGCCAUAAGAAGGAAGUUCAUGACCAAUAUACAGAAGUGCUUCAGCGGCGAGGGUCAUCGGGGGCUGGAAUACAUCUCUCCGAGUCACAAGUGCAUCUUAACGAAACUGCAAACGAUUGGCGAGGAUUUCUGCGGUCUGGACGUGAACACACCUCUGGGAGGCGAAGAUCCGAUGGAAGGAACCCCUGUGCUCACUUUCGAUACACAUCUGACGGCGGUCGCUGCUACCUCGACCGGCGACUACACGGUCGUCUUCGUGGGCACGAGCGAGGGUCACCUGAAGAAGGUGGUAGUGGAGAGCUCGACCCUGGCCCUGGAGUACGGCGACCUGGAGAUCGAUCCAGAUUGCCCGGUGAACCCAGACUUGUUGUUCGACUCGCAGCUGAUGCACCUGUACGUGAUGACGAACAAAACGGUGUCCAAGGUCAAAGUGCAAGAAUGCUCGGUGUACAAGACCUGCUUAGACUGUCUCGGUGCCAAGGACCCGUACUGCGGCUGGUGCUCACUGGAGAACAAAUGCAAUCUGCGCAGCGACUGUCAGGAUGCUGCCAAAGAUCCGCUCUACUGGAUCUCGUAUAAAAGUGGCAGAUGCACGACCAUCACGACCGUCACGCCGGACCAAUUGCAACGCACAACCGCUAGAACCUUGGAGUUGGUUAUUGAAAAUCUGCCAACCCUCUCUGGCCAAUUCCUUUGCGCGUUCUCUACUUUGGACAAAACCCUGAUCACGAAUGCCUCGAGAAAGUCAUUUGGAGUGAACUGCACCACACCCAGAACCGAUCUAUUGCCAUCUAUUCCGCAAGGGCAACAUCAUUUCACGGCGAAGCUUUCAGUCAGGAUGACGAAUGGGCCUGACCUCGUGGAUACCAAUUUCACGUUCUUCGAUUGCAAUACGUACAGCUCGUGCACCAAAUGCGUAUCAUCGAGCUUCCCCUGUGACUGGUGCGUCGACGGUCACAGGUGCACCCAUGACACAGCUGAGAACUGUCGGAACGAUAUAUUGGUCACCGGAGUUAGUAGAACGGGCCCCAGCUAUAGAAGCGGUCCAGCGUUCUGUCCGACGUUGAACGCGACCGAUUCCCAGGAGAUCCUGGUGUCUUCCGGCGUGAAGAAGGUGAUACGAGUAAAAGUGCACAUCAUCGGGCAAUUCAUCGUGCAGACCCGGUUCGUCUGUCAGUUCAACAUAGAGGGCCGUGUGACGAUCGUGAACGCUCGGCUGCUCGCGGACACGAUUUAUUGCGAGGAGACCGAGUUUUCGUACACAUCUCGGGCGCCCAACAUCACCGUGCCAUUCGCGGUGAUCUGGGGUGGCUCGAAACCUUUGGAUAAUCCACACAACAUCCAUCUGGUAAUAUACCGGUGCCGCGACAUGGCCGACAACUGCGGAAUGUGCCUGACCCUGGCGCCCAAGUACGACUGUGGAUGGUGUCAGAGCACAGACAGAUGCGAAGUGAAGGACAACUGCGAACGCAACACCGGCAUGUGGCUGAACAGUAACCAAACCUGCCCGAAUCCCGAAAUACAUUCGUUCGAGCCGGUUAUGGGACCUUGGGAAGGUAAUACGAACGUGACGAUACGUGGCAUCAACUUGGGCCAGACAUUCAUGGACAUCUAUCGAGGCGUGAUGGUUGGUGGAUUACCAUGCGAGCCAUACAAGGAACUCUAUAUACGCACAAAACAAAUAGUCUGUCGAGUGGAUGGCCCAGGUACAGAAGAAGGCAAACGUGGACCAGUAAUCGUGAGGAUCGAAGAUUUCAGGGGCCAAUCCGAAUACAACUUCGAGUUCGUGGAUCCUCAGAUUCUUUCCAUAUCACCAAAAUACGGACCUAUGAGCGGUGGCACCACCGUAAGGAUCACCGGGAAAUACAUGAACGCUGGCAGUACUAUCAAAGCCUUUAUCGAUGAGUUACCGUGCUCUAUAAUCAGUGCAGAGAUGAAUGAAGCGCUCUGCAUGACUAGCGCUAGUGAUCAUAAGAGGAAUGGAACGGUGAAGAUGACAUUCGAUGGUGCAUUUCGGAUCUAUAGCGGAACAUUUGAAUAUGCUGAUGAUCCAACGAUCGAGAGUGUAGAGAGUGGCGUUGCUGGUCAGAUGAAGAUUCCGAAAGGUAUUCCAGCAGGAGGAAUAAAGAUCUCGGUAACAGGCAAGAACCUAGGCUACAUUCAGAGCCCGCAGAUGUACGUGUACUACGACGAGAAGAUGUUCGUAUCGCAAUGCGAAGUGCACAGUCAAGAAAGCAUGAUCUGUAAAUCACCCACCAUCGAAGUACCAGAUAACGUUGUUCUAGACGCAGAAAAACCAUUAAUGUUGGAAUACGGCUUUCGCAUGGACAACGUGACAGGCGUGCAGAACUUGUCGCAACAUGGAUUCAAUCAUUUUCUCCUCUAUCCAAAUCCUAUAUACGAGGUGUUCGACGAGGAAAUUAAGUAUUACAAGAGCGACUAUUUGACCAUCAAUGGUCAACAUCUAGACCGCGCUUGCCAAGAGUCGGACGUGACAGUACAAAUAGGAAACGCGUUCUGUAACGUUACUUCGCUCUCUAGGCAACAGCUCACUUGUAGACCACCUCUGACACAACCACCAGCCAUCGAUUCCGAUGGUUUUCCAAAUAAGCAAGAACUGCCUGAGGUGAUUGUGAUCGUAGGUGGCACACUCCGUUACAAUAUAGGAAAACUGAGCUACGCACUGCCAGCUGGUCUUAAUGGACCACUAUCGAAACCAGCUCUGAUCGGAGUGAUCGCCGCCAUUGUGAUCUUAGUGUUCGUGUUUAUCGCCUUCCUUAUUGCAUAUCGACGCAAAUCUACGGAGAGCAAUCGGGUACUGAAAAAUAUGCAAGAACAAAUGGAUAUUCUAGAACUUCGUGUCGCUGCUGAAUGCAAAGAAGCUUUCGCUGAGUUGCAAACAGAGAUGACAGAUCUCACAGGCGAUUUGACCAGUGGAGGUAUACCUUUCCUGGAUUAUAGAACAUACGCUAUGAUGAUACUAUUCCCAAGCGACGACAAUAGCCCGGUACUGCAAUGGGAUCGACCGGAAUUGGCACGCAAAGAGAAAGGACUACGCCUAUUUGGACAAUUGAUAAUGAAUAAAACGUUCUUGCUCCUCUUCGUAAGAACUCUCGAGAGCAAUCGAUACUUCUCGAUGAGGGACAGAGUGAACGUGGCUAGUCUUAUUAUGGUUACGCUUCAGAGUAAGAUGGAAUAUUGUACAGAUAUUCUGAAGACCCUCUUAGCGGAACUGAUUGAGAAGUGUACGGAAGGAAAGAGUCAUCCGAAACUGUUCCUUAGACGAACGGAAAGCGUCGCUGAAAAGAUGUUGUCAGCUUGGUUCACUUUCCUCCUGUACAAGUUUAUGCGAGAAUGUGCUGGAGAACCAUUGUAUGUACUAUUUCGUGCAGUAAAACAACAAGUCGAUAAGGGUCCCGUCGAUGCAAUUACAUCUGAAGCACGAUAUUCGUUAUCGGAAGAGAAGCUGAUCAGACAGUCCAUUGACUUCAAACCAAUGACGGUCUACGUGUCUAUAUCUCAACAAACGGUCUUCGUCGGCGGUAUGGAUCCAAACACAGAAAAUGUUCCAGUAAAAGUUCUCGACUGUGAUACGAUAUCUCAAGUGAAGGAGAAGGCGUUGGAUACAAUCUACAGAGCCACGCCUUACAGCCAAAGACCAAGGAAGGAUGAUCUUGAUCUUGAAUGGCGAACUGGAGCAUCCGGUAGAUUGAUCCUCUAUGAUGAAGAUUCUACGACAAAAACGGAAGGCGAGUGGAAGAAACGAAAUACGCUGAAUCAUUAUAGGGUACCAGACGGAGCAUCGCUCAACUUAGUCUCCAAACAAUCGUCAAUCUAUAAUCUAUCGAUCCUCUCCGAGAAGACGGACAAAUCGCACAAAUACGAAACCCUGAAUCUUAGUAAAUUCAGUUCAGCCAGUCCACCGCUCUCCCGUGCCACAUCGCCGUUAAAUCAGAAUCAUGACGGUGGUUUGAAAUGUUGGCAUCUUGUCAAGCAUCAUGACUCCGAUGCACGAAAGGAGGGAGACCGUGGAAACAAAAUGGUGUCAGAAAUCUAUCUAACGAGGCUACUAGCCACGAAGGGUACACUUCAAAAGUUCGUUGAUGACCUGUUUGAAACAAUCUUUAGCACUGCCCAUCGAGGAUCAGCUCUUCCCCUCGCGAUCAAAUACAUGUUUGACUUUAUGGACGACCAAGCACUGCAGCACGGCAUAUCCGAUCCUGAAGUCGUUCACACAUGGAAGAGCAAUUCGCUCCCACUCAGGUUUUGGGUGAAUCUGAUUAAGAAUCCGAAUUUCAUCUUCGAUAUACACAAAUCGAACAUCGUGGAUUCGUGUCUGUCCGUCGUCGCGCAAACAUUCAUGGACAGCUGUUCCACUUCAGAUCAUAGAUUAGGCAAGGACUCGCCGAGUUCUAAACUACUUUACGCAAAGGACAUUCCAGUGUACAAAGAGUGGGUAGAACGUUAUUAUGCAGAUAUCAAAGUGAUGCCAGCCAUAUCCGAUCAAGAUAUGAACGCCAUGCUUGCCGAAGAGUCUAGGUUGCAUACGACGGAGUUCAACACGAAUUGUGCCCUGUACGAAUUAUACACGUACGCGGGUAAAUACAACGAACAACUGAUAGUUACUUUGGAGGAGGACGAGUUUUCACAGAAGCAGAGAUUGGCAUACAAACUCGAACAGGUACACAAUAUAAUGGCGGCGGAUAACCCCUGAUGUACCAUGAACUCUAUGAAGCAUAUGACAAAGCCCGCCCGCCAAGAGUUACCCUGCUGAAUACUCUACCGCAGUUAGGUACUCUUAAUGAAGCACCAAGAGGACUGGCCUAUGUUGUAAUCGAUCGUCUCAGGUUUCCGUGCAAGCCAGUUAUCUCAGCUUAGUACGCGAAUUAUUAAUACAAGAAGAAAUUGCACAAUGGACCGCUAAACUGUUCGAACGGGAGAAAUAUAAAAUGUCUACGAGGACUGAAGUGUUUUUGUGACAAAGUCUUCUGAAUUUGGUCGCUGGUUGGCAGGUGUGGCAAUAAUCACAACGGCGCAUUGUCACGCAUAAUUGUACAUAAAAUACCAAAAUCACGAUUAAUUGUAAUAGAAUUAUCGAUGUGCAACCACACCACCCGGCGGCCACGCAACCACAUACGAAAUGAAAACUGAAAAAUUUUUCGCGUGCUAUGAAAUCGUCGUGACGACGAUUCACACGCCGCGACCGCCGGCGGAUAGGGUUUUAAAACGAACGAAAAAAAUAAUAGAACAUUAGUGUUAUAAGUGAGUGAACGAAUCAGCCGAUCAAACCGAUAACUUGUAAAUGUGUUUAAAACGGUCGAUAUUUGCCGCCGCUAUCGGAGAUCGGCGAUUUUUAACGAAGAAACAUUUCCAUCCACCGCUACUAGCUGAAAUUUUUUUGAAUUAUGAACUGACGAAUUUUAAUAAAUAAGAUAAUUAACGAUUAACGAUGAUUAAUUAAACAAUAUGGGUAUAUUAUAUAUACAUGGAUGGUAUGUCGUAUGUAUAUGUGUACAUAUAUACACUUUAUACCGGCGCAAAGUAUGUGUGUAUGUAUAUGCAGUAUCCGAAGAACGAGCGCGCGUACAGUAUAGGCGCCGAUACCGAGAUAUUUCUCUCGCGGCGAUUAAUCGUUGCACGAGAAGAGAAAGAACGAGCAAGAAGAAAAGGAAAAUGAAGAAACAGAGGCGUCGCGAUAGCAAUUUUCGUCCAAAAUUUGUAAACGUGAGCUUCGACCGUCAUUGAUUGAGCAGGAUGCCAUACUGUACGUACGCCAUGCAUUACGCGUAUUAUUUAUACUUACAUGCAUCCAAAACGAAAAAAAAAAGGAAAGAGUCAUCCGCGAAAUCGGAGACAGACUGUGUAUUAGUUGAUAGGUAUUAAUCUAUGGACUAUGGCCGCGCGCGAGGCCAGCUCGAUGUGACGGUUGUGUUGAGUGUGCGUGCUUCCCCUCCUUGGUCUCCAGCUCAUUGUUCCAUUUUAUCAUUAAUCGUUCGUUCUCAUCGUCGUGCAUCCAUCACCUGAUGUUCACCUGAUCAUUGUCGCGCAAUUCAUGUUCAUCAGAAAAAAAAUCCCUCAUUGUCCUCGUGUCAUCAAUUACCUCUCUUUGUAUUACAUGUAGUAAAGAUGUCCACUAUCGGCGCCUCUUCUACUCUUUCUCAUCAUUCCUAAGAAAUCACAUUGUGCCACUCUCUCUUCUCCCUUGUAAUGCUUCAACGCCUCCGUCGUCAUGUUGUUGUCACUCUUAAUUAUUGUAAUAUAUAAUGAAUAACGAUCACUGUUGAGUAUUGUCUGAUUGUAAUACAUUGAUAUUGAAUUGAUAUGAAUUGAUAAUCAUUAAUUAAAGCGUAACAUUAAACUUUGUGGAUGUAGCCAUAUUGGUAUGGAUGAAAGUUUAAAACAAUUGAUGCAGAUGAGAGUGGUCGGGAGCCGUUCGCGAUAGACAGCGCUCGAAAAACCUCUUUGUUCUAGGAGUAUUUUAUCUGUACGCCAUUUUCAAAUGAGUCGAAUCGUAUAAAUCGUUCGUUUUAAUCUAUAUACAUAUGUAUAGAGAGAGAGAGAGAGGGAUCAAACCUGGUAUCAUCGUUUUCGAAAACCCUUCGCUAGGAAUCUUCAUAAUCUUCGCUAUAUCAUUUCUUCCAAGUUAAUCGUACUAUUAACGAACCACUUUUACAAACGCACAUCGAAACCCAAUGAGGUGUUUCGUCACAUGAUAAGACUUCUCGAUUCCGCGUAGGUUAGUUUCGAUAAAAUAUCGAGACUAUCGUAAAAGAAUUCAUAUCGCCGAAGGUGUUCGAAUAGGAUCAACCUUCGUGAGUUCUGUCAACGCGAGCGGCUGGUAGCGAAUGAGUGUUGUUUGUGUAUGCGUGAGAGUGUCCCGUGCGUCAAUUCAAUGUGCAGUUGUCAGUGGAGAAAGUAUUUAUUGCUCAAAAAACAUCGGAAGACCGUGUGUGGGAAGGAAAGGCAGCAGGAAAAAAUGCGGAGUUGGUAGGCUACGGGAAAGGAACGGGGGAGGGGGAAUGAAUGGGUGCGUAAAUUAAAAAGCGGCGAACGUACGUGAGACAUACAGAAGAAAAAAAUGGAUCACAGACAGGGUACUCCGCCAAGUCGAGGAACACGAGAAGAAAACCGAGAAGAUACUCACGUUGUUCAGUCGCUGUAUCACUUACAAAUGACAAAAAUAAAUAAAUAAAUGAAAAAAUUAACAAAAAAA